AAAGAACAUUCAGAUCAGAGCGCAUCAACACAGACAACGAAGCACUCUGGUCAGGUCUGUGGACGAGCGACUCACCCAACACGAAUCCCUAACAGACAUGGACGACUGCCGAGCCACACACACACGCACACAACACGUGUAUCUCUCUGUAGACUUAAUGAAAGAAUAAUGACGCACACGCCACAGGCAGACGAGUGCAUGCAGUAGGUGCACCACAGCCAGCGGGUCAGAAAAUCACGGAUUCUCUACGUCUGGCUGUCUCGUCUACCUGCUGCACCCCCCACUCAGAGCACAGCACCUAUCAUCCCACUCGCUCUUCAAGGGGGGGCAAGGUAGCGCGCCGUUGGGUAGCCCCGAGCACAUACAGUCCGGCAUCGUGUUCAUCUGUUCGAAGCACUUCUUCGCGCAGGCGAGAGGCCUCAAAAAGUCGGGGACCUGUGCGAGUGCCAUGCAGCCUCCGGCCUGACGGACCGCGUCACAGGUCUUCGCGCACGCCUGGACCCACACUUCUUGGAUCUUCCUGUCGCAGCAAGGACUACUUGGCCCGCAGCCGGUGGGAGUGGUCGGGGGGGGAUUGGGCGCGGGCGGAGUGCAAAUGUUGGAGGGGACGCAGUUCAACCAGCAGCUGUCGUCCCUAGGACCGCAGGUGUUGCAGCAGCGUUGCAGGCGUCGAAGGGAUCCACGAACACCUGCAUGGUGAAGCGGGCACACACAGUGACAACACGUCACGACGGGGGGAACUGUGCUGUUUCCUUACCGUCUUGUGUGGUGUUUUCGGCGGCGUUGUGGGUUUCGGUGGCGUUCUGGUGGUCGGCGGCGGUAGGCAAAUCGCUUGUAGCGGCGCGGAGGGCGGGGCAAGCGAUCACACCACCAGCCAGCAGAAGGGCGCUAACAAGGCACAGCAGCAUCUUCAUUGUCACGAGAUAAGAGAUGGACACGAGGCCUCAAGUGGUCGAAAUAGACUUCGUCGUUCGCUGACAAGACAAGAUGGAAGAGGCCGUUGCUCCAGCAGAUGCCGACAGAUCUGAGUAGCCCGGGAGGGCGAAGGCCGCUUGUGUGGGUGAAGACAGAGACAGAGAAGACAGAGAAGAGGGUGCUCUGAGCUCUCUCCAUUCUCUCACACCUGUAGCUCAGCUCGCACCUGUCGGAGGCUGAGCUCCUCGAAGAAGGACGAGAGAUCCACAUCGCCUGCGACGAACAAACGAACGAAGGAGAUGCAAGC